UUGGUCAUUAAUGGUUGUGUUGAUGGUAAAAUAUCACGAGACAAUGAAGAUGCGGUACAAGGAACGACUGAUACUCCGGAAGAGAUAAGAGAUAGCGUUGAAGAUGAAUCCCUUGAGAAACAAGAGAAAUCACCAGAAGAGAUGGCUCGUCUAAAGCGACAAUAUGUCCUGAUGGAAUUGGUGGAAACCGAAAAAGACUAUGUAAGAGAUCUGUCGUCGGUUGUUGAUGGUUAUAUUGCGAAUCUCGAACGAAUGGGUCUACCUGAAGAUCUUGUUGGAAAGGACAAAAUUAUAUUUGCGAAUAUUGCGCAAAUACUGGAAUUCCACAAAAAUUUUUUGAAAGAAAUUGAAAAGUGCCUUGAUAACUACGAAGUCGCCGGAAGUGCCUUUGUGAAAUAUAAGGGAAGACUGGAGACAAUGUACGUACGAUAUUGUCAGAAUAAGCCCAAAUCGGAUUAUCUCGUUUCUCAGGAGGAUUUUGAGCAGUUCUUUGCCGAAACGAAAGCGAAAUUAGGACAUAAAGUAGCGUUAUGUGAUCUACUUAUCAAACCAGUACAACGUAUCAUGAAAUAUCAGCUACUUCUCAAGGAUAUUCUUAAAUUUACGGAACGGGCUAAGGAAAAAACGGAUGUCCUUAAAAAAGCGCUUGCGGUGAUGCAUGUGGUACCAAAAGCUUGUGACGAUAUGAUGCAAGUUGGACGACUUCAGAAUUUUGACGGAAGCCUUAAUGCUCAAGGAAAACUUCUAUAUCAGGGUACUCUUCCCAUAUCAGAUAGUCAAGGUGGAACAUCACAAAAAUCGAAAGAACGUCGUAUUUUCCUCUUCGAACAGUCAGUUAUCAUAGCCGAUCAUAUUCCACCAAAGAAGGAGUUUGGAAAUCCGAUCUAUAUUUUCAAGAAUCAGAUUAUGGUCAACAAAAUGUUAUUCGAACCGUCGGUAGCUGAUGAUCCUUUGAAAUUCAUUAUUCGUAGCUCGGAUCCCACCCAACCGACUGCAUUUAUUGCCACCGCUCAGACAUUGGAAGAGAAAAACGAAUGGGUUCGUUAUAUCGGUGAACAGCUUGAUCAACAGAAACGAAUGCUGGCUGCAUUGGUGGAUCCACGACGAUUUAUGGAUGACUUAAGUGGCUCUCCGUCUGGUGGUGUGGGUGCUGGCGCUGUGGCUGGUGGAUCAUCACGAUUGGGAUCCGGUUCGUCAAAAUCUGGCUCACAAAACACCACAAAGCCAGAUUCCCCGAAGAAAGAGAGCAAAAGCGGAAAACUAUUUGGUUUCGGCAAGAAAACAUCCGCUAAAUCACCAACUUCUCCACCUGCGGGAAAAAAGUACAUUACUACUUGUUUUAUAAUUAAGGUCGAGAUACUGGAUGUCUGCUGUGGAUUUUCCCGUGUUUUAAAGAUGAAUGGUACUGUUGGCAUCGUGCCAAGCUACUUCUUAGGCUUAGCUGAUAUUCCUGGAGACACACUUGCUGAACAAAUAAGUUAUCGUCGUAUGUGGCACACAGUUGUUGACGAAGUGGUUCCAACGGAUUACGCCAUAUCUCCACUUACAAACAACCAUACAUCACCACCAGUUUUGGAUAGACGUCCACUAUUCGUCGUACCAUUAACGGACCAGCGAGUGCGUGAAGGAGAUACUGUUGUGCUCCUUCCUCAGAUCAGUUCAGUGACAGCGUUUACGGUCGUUUGGCGUGGGCCAGCUGUUCAAGCAGGACGGGCACAGAUAAGUAGUGAUAACGAAUCAACCCGUUUAACGAUUUUUGGUGUCUCGGCGAUUGAUGACGGAGCGUAUUCAGUAGUGGCUGAAAAUGAAUACGGUAUUACAUCGUCACUUGCUGUGAUCAGUGUCAUAACUCGCCCAGGUAAACUGAAGUACUGUAAAGGAACAUUGUGUUCAAAUUAUUGUCGUUCUAUACUUUCAUUAUAA